AUGGAAGGUCUCUGCGUCUCCUCUCUGCGAGUGCUAUGGCUGACCCUGCUGCCUGCGGUCUUGAUCUGCGUCCUCCUCUUCUCCUACCUGUGGACCUUCCUAUGGCUGAGACCGGAGAGGAUCAGGCAGAGACUGAGGCGCCAGGGAGUGAAGGGCCCCAAGCCUUCUCUCCUCCUGGGGAACAUACCGGAGAUGAGGAGGAUUCAGAAGCAGCUGGCCGAAUCUGACCACCAAGAACAACAAGAAGCAGCAGCAGGGGGCAGCCAUCGCUUCUCCUCCAAUUACAUGGCCGCUCUGUUCCCUUACUUCCUCCACUGGAACAAGGUCUACGCGCUUCUUGGCACGGGAAUCUUGACGGCAAACGGUGACCUUUGGGCACAUCAACGGAAGGUGAUCGCGUCUCACUUCUUCAUGGACAAGGUUAAGGGAAUGGUGGAUUUGAUGGCAGAGUCUGCAGAUGAAAUGCUGGUCUCAUGGGAGGAUAUAGUUGACAGGGGAGGUGGCAGUGCAGAGGUGGUGGUUGAUGAGUUCUUGAGGAAUUUCUCGGCUGAUGUCAUAUCAAGAGUUGCUUUCGGGAGCAGUUUGUGUGAAGGCAAGGAGAUAUUCAGCAAGAUCCGACAGCUUCAGGUGGCAAUGGCAAAGCAAGAUAUAUUUGCUGCUCUUCCUGGUAGUAGAUACUUACCAACAAAUCGCAACCGAGAGAUUCGGAGGCUCGGCGCAAGCAUCCGGGACCUCAUCCUGGACAUAGCGAGGAGGCACGAAGAAGAACACGACCCGCCGGCGACAUCAUCUGCGAGCAACGGCGACGGCCUCCUGCGUUCCAUCGUCGAGGGCGCCAAGGCCGCCGCCGGCGCUUUCAGUCCCUGCACGGCUGAGGACUUCAUCGUGGACAACUGCAAGAACAUCUACUUCGCGGGGCACGAAACGACGUCGACCACCGCCGCCUGGUGCCUGAUGCUCCUCGCCGCGCACCCGGAGUGGCAGUCCCGCGCGCGCGCCGAGGUCCUGGAGGAGACGCUCCGGCUGUACCCGCCGGCGCCGUUCGUGACGCGGGAGGCGCUGCGCGACCUGACACUCGGCGGGCUGCACGUCCUGAGCGGGACCGGCGUCCGGGUCCCGAUAGCGCUGGCGCACCGCGACCCCGCCGCGUGGGGACCGGACCCCGACGGGUUCGACCCGGGGCGGUUCGCCAAUGGCGUGGCGGGCGCGUGCAGGCCGGCGCACAUGUACAUGCCGUUCGGCGUCGGCGCGCGCACCUGCGCCGGGCAGAACCUCGCCGUGGUGGAGAUCAAGGUCGUGCUGGCGACCCUGCUGCCCAGGUUCGAGCUCGCGCUGUCGCCCGGGUACGUCCACCGCCCCGCGUUCAGGCUCACCGUCGAGCCCGGGAGCGGCGUGGCCCUGGUGCUUAGGAAGCUCUGCUCUGCUGAUUGA